UUCUGUUUUUUUUCUGUUUUCCCGUACUAACGUAUUUCGGUUGGCUCUAAGAUGCAGGUUUCGGCACGGGUGGAGGCUACGGACGUCAUGACUCCCUCCUCUCUCUCUCUCUUCCCCUCCUCCCGCCAUACCUCAGGUAUGCGCACAAGGGGGAGAGGAGAAUGGAUGGGCGGAAAGGUUAAGUAUGGGGACGGUACCUUACUGACGGCGUUACUACAGGCACGUUAUCUAGGAAGAUCGCAGGGCGUUACCUAGGACGGAUCGCGUUACCGAAGGGCGUUACGUAGGACGAUCGCGUUACCGAAGGGCGUUACAUAGGACGACGCGUUACCGAACGGCGUUACAUAGGACGGUCGCGUUGCCGAACGGCGUUACAUAGGACGAUCGCGUUACCGAACGGCGUUAUAUAGGACGAUCGCGUUACCGAACGGCGUUACAUAGGACGAUCGUGUUACAGUAGGGACGGUCUCUCCUCGCGACCUCCUCUGCAGCUGCUCGUCACAAUCACCAUCGACCUUCGCCACUCUGCAGCAGCAGCACUCCCCUCUUCUCCCCAUGAGCAUGAGGCCUUCUUGAGGUGGUUUUCUGCCCGUAGCAGAACUAAUAAAUUUCCCCCUUUUCCCCCCUUUUUUCCCGAGCGAAUGACCCCUACCUCAUCGUGGUGCUCGGGUGAACGCUAGGGGCUUGCCCCUAGCGGCCAAGAGGGGUCAAGUUGUAAGUUGCAGGUUGAGAACAAGUGACCCGCUGGGGUUAUGGUUGGAUAUGUAGGAUAUCUCUAGAAAUUGUCUUGAGAACUACUCUUGUGUAAGCCCAUUGUUUUAUAAGUGGCAUCCAAAUUGUCUCCAUGAU